CACACAAGGGGGAUUCUUGAACGCAACCGAGCUCGCUUAAAAAUAGUUUGAUCAAAUGAAACAAAGUAUUGACGAACACAGCAAUAAAAGAUUCUUGCAUAAAGUCAAGUGUGAUAUUUGAAAAAAGGAGCAAAUUUAUUAUAUAAAGACAAUAAAAAAAUGAUAUUUCAAUCACGAUAUAUAUAUUUUUAACUGAAACAGAAUCGAACAAACACCUUUAUAACCUAACAUUGGAUGUGUUUAAAAAUCACAAUACUUGUGUAAUCAUGAUUAUUAUUUCUGAUUGAGAUAUAUUUUUACAUCUGAAGGAGUAUUUCAAUAUCUAGGAAAAUAUUUCAAUGUCAAUAAUAUGAUAAUUAAAUAAACUGUGCAACACAUCAUGAGCUUUUGGUUUAAUUUAAUGAGAAAUGCGUUCCUUGGAAUGUUGCAAUUAUUGUCAUUUGGUGCAAAUUUGUGUCUUGGUCAGCGGAGGAUAUCAAAUUAUUUGAAUAUAUAUGUCAAAACAAAUACAGGGAAUACUCUCUCUGUUGAAUUGAAUCCAAAAUGGGAUAUAAAGAACUUAAAGGAAAUUGUUGCACCCAAAAUGGGAAUGGCACCAGAGGAUAUUAAAAUUAUAUUUGCUGGCAAAGAGCUGCACAAUUCAAUUAUUAUUGAAGAAUGUGAUUUAGGUCAACAGAGUAUUCUACAUGCAGUAAGGACUCCAUAUAAAAAGUUUAAAAAUCCAGAUACUUCAAAUUCUAUAGAGGAAUCUACAUCUGAGACUACUGACCGGAAUGACAGUGGUAGCAAACCUAUGAAUGAAAUUCUUACAGAUUUAUCUUUUAAUGCAUCAGAUCAGCAAAAUUUAUCUCUAGAAGAACAGAAAGAAAAUCGAGCACAUUUUUACAUAUAUUGCUCAGGGCCUUGUAAGACUGUGACAGUAGGUAAAUUGAGAGUCAAGUGUGCAAGAUGUAAUAGCGGUGCUGUUACUGUCGAUAGAGACCCUCAAUACUGGCCUGAUGUAUUAGAACCAAAUAGGAUAACUGUACAUUGUGAGAAUGAUUUCUGUCCUGCAUCUUCAAUCAUGUUCAGUGAAGAGGAAUUUCAAGUCACCUUUGCUCACUUCUACUUCAAAUGUGCGAAACAUGCUAGCUUAGGAGAGGAUGACAAAGCCAUACCUCUUUAUCUUAUUAAGGCAAAUCUAAAGAAUAUUCCUUGUUUAGCAUGCACAGAUAUCAGAGAUACAGUGUUGGUAUUUUCGUGCGAAGCCAGUCAUGUAACUUGUCUCGACUGCUUUCGUGAUUAUUGCACGGUUCGUUUGCGAGAACGUCAGUUUGAAUUCGACACUGUCGAAGGGUAUUACACCUUGCCGUGCCCUGCUGGAUGUUCCAAUUCUUUUAUUCGUGAAAUUCAUCAUUUCCAUCUUCUUAACUCGGAAAUGUACGAGAGGUAUCAAAGAUUCGGUGCGGAAGAAUAUGUUUUACGCGCCGGUGGCCUUUUGUGUCCAAUGCCGGACUGUGGUAUGGGCAUUAUACCACCCACUAUCGAAGAACAAGCAGAGAAAAGUGAUGACCAACGCAGGAGGAUUCAGUGUAUCGGUGGAUGUGGUUAUGUUUUCUGCAGAAUUUGUUUACAAGGAUAUCACACAGGGAAAUGUGAAUUACAGCCAUUGAAAGCAUCUACUGAUGUUUCUUUUCGAAACUAUCUAGUGGAUCCUAUGAAAGCUAAAGAUGCUAAAUGGGACGAAGCUAGUAGAAAGACGAUACAGAUAUCCACGAAACCUUGCCCCAUGUGCAGAACUCCUACUGAAAGAGAUGGUGGUUGUAUGCACAUAGUGUGUAUGAGAGCAGGAUGUGGAUAUCAUUGGUGCUGGGUAUGUCAAAUGCAGUGGACCAGAGAAUGUAUGGCUAAUCAUUGGUUCGGAUAAUACAUUAGAAGAAAAUUAUGUAUUCCAUUAUAUGAUAUAUUUCACAGGGAGAUCCGGAAUCAUGAACGCCGACGAAUCGUGCACACGAUGCAGGAGUAAAAUAAAUAUAAGAUAACUUAAUUAUUAUUCAUAUUUCUUGUUUAAAAUAAAUUAAUUAAUCCUUAAAACGUAACAAAUAAAAGGCAAAAAGAAAUUUUUAAAAAUACUUACCCGUUUUCUUAAUAGUUUUCCCCAAAAAAUUCCUGAAAAUCUCCUAGAAAGCAGCGCGACAAAGUAGAAUACCCCCUUAAUAAUGCAAGAGUGAUAAAAUAUACCCUUAGAAAUUUAAUACUGAGAACUACUGAAUUUGCAGUGAUUAAAUAUUAAGAAAGCAGUGGAAGUACAAACUUUAGUAAAUAUACACAUCAAGUAAAUGUUCCACAGUAGCAGAAGAUCUAGAAUGUUUGCCUGUUAACUAGAGA